AUGGCAGUUGUAGAAGCAGUUGUUGUUGCCAAGGUGGUCAUCGUGGUUGUUACUAUGGUUGAGGUAGUUGGCACCGCAGUUGUCUGGGCUGGUGUCGUUAAAGUAGUAGCUGGAGCAGUGGACGAUGAAAUGCUGGCAUUUGUGACUUGA